CGGGGCUUGCAGCAGAUGCCUGCAGAGGAGGGGAUUUGUGCUAUUUUUACCGACCACUUGCAGGCAGGGCUGGGAUUCAAUACCCCUGCUCAGCCCCAGCCCCGGCAGAGCGCGGCUGUCCCGAGGCCAGGCGUCACCUUCCUCCUGCACAGCCAGGGAACAGCACACGCCGCGAUGCCGGAGCCGGAGAGAAAAUCCAAGAUCACAGCCUCACGCAAACUCUUGUUGAAGAGUUUGAUGCUGGCCAAAGCCAAGGAGGAGUGGGAUCAGGAGAUUGUGGACAAGCAGGCAGAGAAAGAGAGGUACCUGUCUGAGAGGGUCACUCCACUGCACACCAGCGGGCUCUCCUUGAGCCAGCUCCAGGACCUGUGCAGGGAGCUGCAUGAGAAGGUGGAAAUUGUGGAUGAGGAGAGAUAUGACAUUGAAGCGAAAUGCAACCAUAACACCCGGGAGAUUAAAGAUCUGAAAAUCAAAGUUCUUGAUCUCCGAGGGAAGUUCAAGCGCCCUCCCUUGCGCCGGGUUCGUGUCUCGGCCGAUGCCAUGCUCAGGGCUCUGCUGGGCUCCAAGCACAAGGUGUCCAUGGAUCUCAGGGCCAACCUGAAGUCUGUGAAGAAGGAGGACACGGAGAAGGAACGCCCUGUGGAAGUGGGCGACUGGCGCAAGAACGUGGAAGCCAUGUCGGGCAUGGAGGGGAGGAAGAAGAUGUUCGACGCUGCCAAGUCCCCCACGGGGCAGUGAGAGGAGCACUGGGAAGAAGAUCAUCCCCAUCCCUGCUGCCAGCCUGCCCUUGCUGCUCCCCUGUCCCUUUGUGCCCUUCUCUGAAUUCCCACUGAGCUGAAACACAAGGACAACGGUGUGGAAAGGAGACCUGAGCUUCUUCCUUCCAGCAGUGCCCUCAGCCCUGCUCCUACACAGCGUCCCCCCCAUCAGCCACACAGGCCAUGCUGUCCCCAAGGGCCACUGCCACCCACCCCUCCCAGCUGUGGAGAGAUGCCCCAGAGGCAGCAGCUGCCCCCCGUGCCCUGUGCCCAGCAGCUCAGCCCUAGACGUGGCACCCUGAGAUGUCCCUUGCAGCCAGACGUGCAUUAAAGGACUGUCCUGGGCCGAG